AUGCCGCCGCCUAUUGAAGACGUGUCAGAUGAAGAAUCUGGCGACAUUCCCUUCAAUGACAAUGAGAAAGCGAAAAACGACCCGAACGAUAACGAAGAUGAGGACGAGGACGACGAGGACGACGAGGAAGACGAGGAUGAAGAGGGACUAUAUGUCGUGGAAUUGAUCAAAGAGCACAAUUUUCUGGCCGACGGCUCGCUCCGGCUAUUCGUGAAAUGGAAAGGUUACGACGACCUCGCCGACCACACCUGGGAGCCAGAAGAAAAUUUGAAGGAGGGUGCUAUGGACAUACUGAGUGAAUACUAUAGGAAAAUUGGCGGCCGACCACAGAAGCCCGCAGCCAAAUCAGGGCAUGGGCGGAAGCGCAAAUCCAUGGGACAAACCCAGUCGACCACUGCUGCCUCCGAGACAACCGAACCUAAGAGACGACGGAAGUCUGUUGCCUCCAAAGCCGAAGAGACAAAAGCUGAAACCUCGGACGAGGCCUCAGAGGCCGCUGCCGAGACACCUGCCGAGAGCGAUGGCGAGAUUUCUAGCUGGGUGCCGAAAACAAAGAGCUGGGAGAAGGAAGUGGCUAGUGUUGAUACGAUCAUUCGAGACCAGGACACCGGUAAACUCUUCGCGUUCCUCCUAUGGAAGAAUGGGAAGCGGUCUCGGGUUGCGAUUGAGAAGUGUUAUGACUCAUGCCCCAGACAUAUGCUGGGAUUUUACGAGAGCCAUCUUGUCUUUAAGGAAGGUUGA